UUUUAUUUUAUUUUAUUUUAUUUUUUUUUUAAAAAGAAUGGAAGUUUGUAUGUGUCUACAUUGGAAGUCUAAUAGACUAGGAUGUUCAUAUUUUUCAAGUACAAGUUUAGAGCUUUAUUUAAUGGAAGAUGUGAAUGAAACAGAGCAAUUAGAAUACACAACUAUGCUGAUAGCCCAAAUAUUACCUACAUUCAUUAUUAUAUCAGACGCUAUAGAGCAAUACAAUAGACUAUUUGAAGUAUUAAAAGUUGAAUAUGGUACUUCAAUUGAAAUUAAAAAAGUACCUGCAAAGGACUUUAUGUAUGAAAAAGGACAUUCUAUAUUGUUAAAUUGGUAUAUUCAACAUAUGAAUAAAGGAGAUGAUGAAGAACAUAUCUACUUAAGAGAUCCAGAUGAAGGCAAUAAGACACAUGCUUAUUUGCAUCUGGAAGGUAUCCUUUAUUUAGAUGAAAGUCGAAUUAGUGUUGGAUGUGCUGGUGUAUUAUUGAAACAUUUACAAGAAAUUGAACGAGAAGAAAGAAUAAAUGAUGAAUCAUGUUCUUUACAUGAACCUACUGUAUUGAAAACAUUUUCAAAUAAAAAAUGUAUGCAUAUCAAUUCAGAUACGAUAAAAUCAUUAUGUAUCUUUGAUUUAGAAACUCACCCUAACAUGCAUCAAAAAAGGGAAAAAGAAAGACUGUCAUUAUUUGGUCUUUUGGAUAAAACCAAGAGUGUAUUAGGUAAACAAUUAUUGAAAGAAUGGCUUUCUCGUCCUACACAAGAAAUUCAAGUAAUUGCUGAUCGACAUGCUACUAUUCACGUAUUCUCUAAGCCUGAAUUAAGAGAUAAAAUCAUUGAGAUCUCAUCAUUUCUAAAGCAUAUUAAAAACAUAAAUCGACUCUUAUCAAAACUAAGAGAGUCCAAAGCAACACCUAAUGAUUGGCAAUCCAUUUUAAAAUUUGCUUAUUACACUAUAUGUAUCUUUGGUAUCUUGAAUCAAUUGACUUGUUAUGAUCUACCUAUAAUUCAAAAAGCAAAAGAAGCCAUAUCAAUGAUGGAAGUGAUGAAAGAAUUAGGAUCCUCUAUUGAUUGUAUUAUUGAUUUUGAAGCAAGUAAAGAAGAGGCUCGUAUUAUUGUAAAAGCAGGAAUAGAUCAUGAACUUGAUUUAUUACGAGAGAAAUAUAAUAAAUUAGACGAUUACUUACUUCAAGUAUCUCAAGAAGUGAGUGCUUCUUUACCAGUCCGUCUCGGUUCUGCACUUAAUGUCGUUUACUUUCCUCAAUUAGGCUACUUGAUUACCUUACCACAGUCUCAUCUUCAACGUCAAUCCGAAAAGAGAGAUAGUGACAGUAAUAGUAGUGACUAUUAUCAGCAAUACUUGGUUGGAUUUGAACUACAAUUUACAACAUUAGAUAAUUUGUAUUAUAAAAAUGAUAAAACAAAAGAAUUGGAUAAAACGAUUGGAGACAUCCAUGCAUUAACAACAGAUAAAGAAAUUGAAAUUAUUCAGGAAUUAUCAGAACAUGUUUUAAAACAUAAGACUCAAUUUACAAAAAUUGUUCAUAUCUUGUCUGAAAUCGAUUGUUUGAUAUCAUUUACAAUGGUUGCGUUAAAAUUUAAUUAUGUUCAACCAGUCAUUACAGAAGAUGACUCAUUAGUUAUUACACAGGGAAGACAUCCUUUACAGGAAUUAUGUGUGGAUAUAUUUAUUGCAAAUGACACUCAGUUAAAAGGAGGACAAGGAUUUUUAUCCAAGAGAUCAAACCAAGAUAAUAAGAUGACGAUGAAUAGUAUUCAAGUUGUGACAGGAGCUAAUUUCUCUGGGAAAAGUGUCUAUUUAAAACAAAUUGCACUAAUAGUCUAUAUGGCUCAUAUUGGAAGUUUUGUUCCUGCAGAGAGUGCAAGAAUUGGAAUUGUAGAUAAAUUAUUUACAAGAAUACAAACAUCAGAGACUGUUUCUAAACCUCAAAGUGCAUUUGGCUUUGAUUUACAACAAUUAAAUCGUGCCUUGAUCCAUUCAACAAAACAUAGUCUAGUCAUUAUAGAUGAGUUUGGAAAGGGAACUGAGAGUAUAGAUGGGGCAGCCUUAUUUUGCUCUGUCUUGGGCUAUUUUUUAGCACAAAAUGAGAAUUGUCCAAAAAUCGUUGCUAGUACUCAUUUUCAUGAUUUAAUUAGUCAAGACUUUUUAUCGGCUGGAGAUGGUAUUACGAUAUCAGAAACAGAAAUUAUUAGUCAUAAUAAAGAAUAUGGAGAUGAAGUCGCAUUCUUGUAUCGUAUUAUACCUCGUCUACAAGAACAUAAAGAAUCUUCUUAUGGUAUAUGGUGUGCCAGUAUAGCUGGUUUGCCUAAUCAUAUACUUGAAAGAGCUUCAGACCUUUGCAUAAAGUAUAAUAACGGAGAAAGGAUUAAUCGGAUAGAAAUUGAACAAGAUAAACAAGUCUAUAAACAGCUUGAAAUCAUUCAAAAGCAAUUUCUUGAAGCAGAUGUAAAUGAAAUCAAUCCAUAUGAGUUGAUAGCAUCCAUUCGAUCCUUAAUAGAAUAAUUUUUAGUCUACAAAAAAAAAAA